AUGAAAUCUGGCGAUGUAACUAUCCGUAUAUCUGCAGCGACUGCGAUAUGCCCUUCGCCAACGCCAAACUUUCGUUUAGCCCUCGUAGUUCUCAGCGUUGGUGUAGCUAGCCAUUUUAUGCUCUACUUGGAUAGUGUAAUGGACAAUCUGCUGCCAGCUGCGCGGCCUUUUCUCAUGACAGUAUAUAAGAAUAAAGAAGAAGCUGAUAUUGCUUGGGAGGUCAUGGUAUCUUCGCGAAUCUAUGGCCUUGCAUUUGGUUGUUUUAUCUCCAUAUAUUUUUCUAAAUUGCAUGGCCGGAAGUACCCAGUUGUAUUAGGUACCGCUCUAGACUUGAUCGGAAUACUUCUUACACUUCUUACUGUACAUAUCAGACUGGGGAUGGUAGCAGCCACUGUCGGCCGAUUUAUUAAUGGAUGUGGACAAGGUAUUGUCCAGACAGCCGGUACGGUCAUGCUAGCUGAAUUGCCACCCCACCAUGGCCGUGGUCUCGCUUUAGCCACACUUACAGUCUGGGCAUGUCUGGGUGAAUUGGCUGGCAUGGUUAUCUCCCUGGAAGAGAUUCUAGGAAAUCCGUCAUCGUGGCAUAUUGCUAUGGGUAUACCUCUAAUUCUUCUCGUGCCUGCAUUCUAUAUACUCAUUAGUGCGCCAGAAAAUAAAAGAUACCAUCCACCGGUCUAUAAGGAAGACGAUUCUAAAAAAGCCUUGCUUGUCAUUCAGAAAGCUGUUUACACUGACGAAAAUGGAAACCGAAAGAAAUAUGAGGAAAACGAUGAUGCACCUAUUGAUCCUGACCAGUCAACGAUAGGUUUUGCAAGGGAAAGGUUUAAGAAUGGUCAGUUCGUGAGACCUCUGUUACUAGGACUGUUUGUCCAAAGUUUCGUCCAUCUUGAUGACUGGCUAUGGAUUUCAUACUCAACGCAUAUUUUUGGUAAAUUUGGUAUGACUAUGGGUACUGCGCAACGAGCAUCGUUAUUUAUGUCAUUGCCUCAAGCUUUUAUAAGUUUAGGUCUUCUGUCAUGUUUCGAAGACUUCACUAGACGAUCCCUCUUACUACUGCCAACGCUAUUUAGUGUUUUCAUAGGAAUCUUAGCAAUUCUAGCCGUAAAUUUCGGAAAAGUCCUGGCUGGAAUGCCAGUGGCAUCAACUCUGGCUAUACUCGCUGCAAUGGAUCUCUCUGCUGCUGCUGUUAGUGGUGAAAGCGCUUAUGCUAUCGUUCCUGAGCUUUUCCUUCCCGAUGAUAAAAUACUCGGCACAGCAAUCGUCGGUAUAGCUCAGAAUGUAUUCGGAGGCGUUCUCACUGCCGUACUGCUUACUGCCGUGAACAAGGCUGGCACAACACUGGUGCUAAUUCCCUUCAUAGUCACUAAUACCGUCUAUGUAGUCGUUAACUACCUAUAUCUUCCUGAAACUUCGAAGAAAACAGCUCAUGAAGUAUCAGAGAACUUCUCGAAGGAUCUCCCGGGCAAGCAAUUAUUUGAAACGUUAAGAAAUACGUUUCAGUUGCUAACUCUACAGGUCAUUGUUGUGAUUUUAACGUUCCGCACAGGUCUACAAGUGUAUUGGGGAUUGGCUAACUACUUCACUUAG